UACGACCUGUGUUCUUGUGGCUAAUCAUCAAAUUCUUUGGUUUCCAAAAUUUUGGUGCACGAAAUCAUGUCGACCGCAGAUGGAGUCUGGAAGGCACAACCAGCUACCAUCAUGGCUAUCGGAACUGCUAAUCCUCCCAAUUGCUUUCUUCAGGCCACUUUCCCUGACUGCUAUUUUCGCGCCACCAACAACCAGCACCAAUCGGAGCUCAAGGCCAAGUUCGAACGCAUCUGUGAAAAGUCGAUGAUCAAGAAACGUUACUUGCACAUGACCGAAGAGCUUGUCCUAAAAAACCCCAACCUAGCUUCUUACAUGGCUUCCUCGCUGGACGAGCGACAGGAUAUGGUUGUGGCAGAGGUCCCAAAGCUUGGCGAAGCAGCAGCCAUAAAAGCCAUCAAGGAAUGGGGACGGCCGCAGUCCGAAAUCACCCACCUGAUUUUCAGCACCAGCACGUGUGGGAACAUGCCUGGGGCCGAUUACCAGUUGAUCAAGCUCUUGGGCCUCAGCCUUUGUAUCAACCGUUUUAUGAUAUACCAACAAGGCUGCUUUGGUGGUGGCACUGGGCUCCGCCUUGCCAAGGAUCUGGCGGAGAACAACAGAGGUGCCAGAGUCCUAGUCGUUUGGUCCGAAAUAACCACCAUAAGCUUCCGUGGGCCACCCAACGGAUCGGAGGAUGUGUCAACCCUCGUGGGCCAGGCCUUGUUUGGGGAUGGUGCCGCUGCAGUCAUCGUGGGCUCGCAUCCGAUCUGCAGAGUAGAGAAAGCCUUGUUCGAGGUAGUCUCCGCGGGCCAGACUACCGUGCCUGGUUCAGAUGGUGCGAUAGUUGGACGCACCCGUGAAGCUGGCCUGGUGUAUCACUUGUCCAAGAGUCUCUCGGAUCUCGUGGCCCAAAACAUCGAGACGUGUCUGGCCGAGGCUUUCAAAUCUCAUGGCAUAUCCAACUGGAACUCCAUCUUUUGGGCAGUCCAUCCAGGCGGGCCUAAGAUUCUGGACAAGAUUGAGGCUCGGCUGUCGCUCCAACCUAAGAAACUACGGGCCACAAGGCAUGUGCUGGCCGAGUAUGGGAAUAUGUGGAGUGGUAGUGUGAUCUUUGUACUGGAUGAGAUCAGAAAGAAUUUGGCCCAAGAUGUUUUGAAGACCUCAGGAUGGGGUGUCCUUCUUGGAUUUGGGCCAGGGCUCACUAUUGAGACCGUGGUUCUACGUAACGUCAUUGCCUGACGGCUACACGUGCCGAGCUUCAUCCCCCUUAUGACAAGGACUGCAUGUAGUGUCAUUUCAUGUAUUAUUAUUAUUAUUUUGUUGGUUUUGUUUGGCUGAUUUUCCGCAUGCUGUUGUUCUUCUUGUGAGUUCUUCCUGUUUUUCCAAUGCUUGUCUAAAAAAUAAAUAAAAAUAGUUUGGUUAUUAUUCUCGUGUCUUUCAUGCGCGUCCCGUGUUUAAAGAGUUUGGUUUUCGAAGAUAUAAUAAAGACAAAGAUAAUCA